AUGGAUUGGGUUCACCAAUUCCACCCGGCUGAGGCGUAUUACCGGUUGGGUUGUACGACGGCGGCGGAUAACCCAGGUGAAGACUGCGUUUCGGACGGGGACACGCCGGUACCCCUCGGGCGGCAGGCUCGGAAAUUCUCCGUAUCCAGGUUUUGCCUGAAGGAGGAAGCAAUUCCCACCCAGGAUCCAUAUGGCCAGCAGGGAACACCUCCUCCCGGAAGUUACCCACCUCCCGCAGGCCCGCCGCAGGGCGGUAGCUACCCGCCUCCUCCACAGGGCGGGAACUUCCCGCCCCCUCAGGGUGGCAACUACCCGCCGCCCGGUGGAUACCCGCCGCCUCCGCAGGGCGGCAACUUCCCGCCGCCUCCGCAGUUCAACGACCAAGUGCACGGUCCGGGCGGCGCACUCGCCCCUCCAGUCCAGCAGUCUGCGAUUCGCAACGCCUUCACGUUGCUCUCGAUCAUUCCGAUCAUCGGCGGAAUCCUCGCGCUGGUCGCCUACAUCGUCAUCGCGGUCACCAUCAACAACAGCCCCACCAAGCAGGGCAAGCAUGACGAGCUCGCUGGUGGGACUCAGCGCGCUGUCGAUCGUGGGUGGAUUGGUCACCCGCAAUCGUCGGCUACAUCAUCAAGCCGCAUUCCUUCGUGGAGCGUUGAGCAGGUGGACGGAAUCAAGCCGGCUUUCGGCACCUUCUUCAAUUCACGAACAUCGGUGCAGUUGUUCUCGGCGGUUUCCUUGUCGCCGUCGCCACCUAUAUGCGAUUUCGGGCAUCAAAUCGAGCUACGCGUUGACCUCGUCGAACGUCGGGACGUUGAUCCUGCUGGCGCUCGCUCUGAUCGGUAUCAACAUCAUCGGCGCACUGCUGUGCGGAAUCCCGGUCUUCUCGUGACGGCGCCCGUCGCGCUGAUCGCCAGUACCUACGCAUACCGCGUGCUGACCGGCGGCCAUCUCAGGAUCAGCAAGACGAAUCGACCCACGAAACCAAAUUGCGCGCACGUCAGCCGGGGUUAUUACCCGACGAUCGUCGCGCUCUUCACCACAACGCUGCUGAUCUCGAACGUGGCGGCGACAAAGGGGUCGCCUUCUUUGCGGAUUCCGACUUCUCGCUCCGGUCCCUUGCAGAUUCUGCCCAUCAUCACCGAUGGUGGAUUCUUCUUGUUCCCGCUUGCCUACGUCCUCGGUGACGUACUCAGCGAGGUGUACGGCUUCAAAGCGACCCGACGCGCGAUCUACCUGGGCUUCGGCGCACUGAUUCUUGCCGCCGCAUGCUUCUGGAUCGCUGCCGCCCUCGAAACCGUGGUCGGCGUCAUUCCCCGGCUGCUGGUCGCAGGAUUGGCCGCCUACCUCGUCGGCCAGCUGCUGAACUCCCUGGUCCUGGUCAUGAUGAAAAAGCGCAUGCAGGAGAAGCACCUGUGGGCGCGGCUGAUCGGCUCGACCGUCGUCGGCGAAUUCGCCGACACCCUCAUCUUCUGUUCCAUCGCAGCCGGUGUCAUCGGCAUCAGUACGUGGGAAGACUUCAUCAACUACGUGCUGGUCGGCUUCCUGUGGAAGACGCUUGUCGAGGUUCUGGUCAUGCCGAUCACCUACCGCGUCAUCGCCUACGUGAAGAAGCGCGAACCGACCUACGUC